GGGGGUUGACCACAGCUUGAAGUUUUCUCUCUGAAACACCACCACAUUCUGCACUUCAGCAUUUCUUUACUUUCGACAGCACAGCUGGGGAGGGCAUGCCUCUCAUAGAGAGGAAACAAAAGAAAUAAGCACACUCUACACAGUGCUAUUUAUGAACAUAUAAUAUUUGGUCAGUGAAAGACAGACUACAGCAGAGAGUUGAAUACACAAUAACAGAAGGAAGGGAUCUUGAACUUUAUGAGUCUUUGCAGGACAGCAAAUUCUGUAUGGUCCUUCCUCCAUAUUAAACUCGAGGGAGUAUACUAGAGUUACUCAGAGGAAAAGAACGGCAAAAACCACAGGUAAGCUUCUAUCCUUCAGUCCGGAGAGUGUGUACAAGAGGAAUGUAAAUGUUUUUUAAUGGACUUCAAUGACUAGGGCAGAGGAUCACAAAAUCCACCAUGACAAAAAAUAUCUCCACCACGUGUGCCACAACCAUCUUCCAGACUGCAAACAGCUCCCUUUUUCUUAUCCCCACAAUGACCAGUGUAAUGAACUUGACCACAACUCCUGACCCCCAACAAAUUUGCGUGGACCUUGGCGCAUAUCAAAGCCUGUUGGCGGUACUCUACUCUAUAAUCUUCAUCCUGGGUCUAUUUGGGAACCUGGUGGCUCUGUGGGUUUUCUUCUGUGUUCACUCCAAGAAGAACUCUGUGCGGGUGUUUCUCAUAAAUGUAGCUUUUGCAGACCUGCUGUUGGUGGUAUGUCUGCCAUUCAGGAUACUCUAUCACAGCCAGGGUAACAUCUGGAACCUUAAUGCUACCUUAUGUAAAGUAGUGGGCAAUCUUUUCUACAUGAACAUGUAUAUUAGUGUCACUCUGCUGGGGUUGAUCAGCGUGGAUCGCUACCUGAAGAUCCAUCGUGGUGCAGGGAUGCAGCACAGACUGCGGUCCACAAGGUGGAGCACUGCUCUCUGUGCAGUCAUCUGGAUUGUGGCCUCUGCUUUGACUUUGGCGCUCCUGAUGUCAAAGAAUCACUCACACUUGAAAAGGUGUUUCCACUACAAGCUGCUCCAUGAUGCAAAGUGGAAAGCCUACAUCAACAUCUUUGUGGUGGUUGUCUUCUGGCUCGUAUACAUCUUUCUAGUGGUGUCUUAUGGAAAGAUCGCCCUCAAGCUUCUGAGAACAUCGCAAGAGAAACCAGGUCUGCCCAAUGCGCCCCGCUACGCUCGAACCGCCAAGAAGUCCUUCUUCAUCCUCUUUCUCUUCACUGUCUGUUUUGUACCCUACCACAUGGUCAGGGUGUUCUACAUAAAAACCCAGAUCACACAAACCUCAUGUUUCUGGCAGGGUGUGGCUGACAAAGCCAAUGAGGUGGCUUUGCUGUUUUCUGCCGUUAACAGCUGCCUGGAUCCAGUUAUGUACUUCCUGUUAUCCUCCUCAGUGAGGAAGGAGGUGCUGCGCUUGGUGAGCAACGUGUUUUGUGUGCGAGAUGUUACUGGAGUCAGCGGGAGCAGCUCCACUGUUGAUUUGGACGCUAAGAAUGGAAGGACUGACAGAGGACAGACAAACGUCUGCUUAAUCAGCACUCAGAAGGAUACCAUAGCCAUUGAACCCAACCCAGAUGGGCUGUAAAGGUUCUCAGACCAUUGUUCCAAAGUAAUCAAGGCAGUAGCAGAGGCAAGGAGGGGGAGGUUGACUGCCACCUACAUCUAUUUGCCGCUGUUGCCCGAGUUGACUAUGGGUGAAAGUUUCCACUUUUCCGGAAAUUGAUGCUGGAAUUAAUUUUACUGGAGUACCCUGAAUUCUACAUUGUUUUAUCAGCACUGAAAAAACAUACCAGUUUGAUUAUACUGUCAGAGAGCAUUAACAAUAUUUAUGAUGUUAGCUAAACUUGUAUCAGGGUUUCUGCAGGUUUCAACAACUUCAAUUUAAGACUUUUUAGGAACUUUUUAAGGCCAUUAUGAAUGAAAUUGCAGGAGUUAAUGUUGAAUGGGUCGCACUGGGACUGGCUUUCUAAGGCGGCUUUCUGUUUUUCUGACUUCCCCUCUGAUGGCUUUAUUCCAAAAGUUCCUAAUUUGAGUGUUUUCUUGCAAUAGGCUUGGCAGGCUUCAAAUUCUAUGUCAGUUUUAUAAAAUCAAUGAUAACUUCAUAAUCCAAUCAAUGUUUAAGACCUGUCAAGCUCAUAUUUAACACAUUUUAAGGCCUACAUUUUAGAUAAUUCUUUUUUAUGACCCGCAGAAACUCUCUGUAUACUAAUUGUGUAAUUUUACAAAAACUUCCUGUUAUUUUUGUCAUACUGCAAACCACUUCCCUUUAUUUUAAACAACAGCCCUAUAUUAAGCUAUGUGGUGAGAUUGGAGUAAGAGGAUAACACCAACAUGUUGUGUUUGUUACAUAUGGUAGCAUCCGCAGGAUUGGAUGGAGGCCACAAAGACAGAGAUGCACCUUGCAUUGUUACUGCAUUUAAAACAUGUUUUUAAUAUGGCUUCAUGCUUUAGUAGCUAUAUAGACAAGGCUGCAGAAGACCUAGGGUUUUGGUACAUGUACACGGAUCAGCCACAUUCUGACCGACUAGGCACAUAAUGUUAUGCAGAAUCCAUUCCAACAACCUGCGAUGCAUGUGUUUCCAGACACGUUCUAUCAGAACCAGCAUUAACUGUUUCAGCAGUUUGAGCUACAGUAGCUCGUCUGUUGGAUCGGACCACACGGGCCAGCUUUCGCUCCCAACAUGUAUCAAUGAGCCUUGGCCACCCAUGACCCUGUCUCCGCAUCUUUUCCUUCCUUGGAGCACUUUUGAUAGGUACUGACCUCUGCAGACCGGGAACACCCCACAAGAGCUGCAGUUUGGAGAUGCUCUGACCCAGUCGUCUAGUCAUCACAAUGUGGCCCUUGUCAAAGUCGCUCAAAUCCUGACGCUGCCCAUUUUUCCUGCUUCUAAACACAUCAACUUUGAGGAUAUCCUACCCAGUGACAGGAGCCAUGAUAACCAGAUAAUCAGUGUUAUUCACUUCAUUUCUCAGUGCUCACAAUAUUAUGGCUGAUGGGUGUUUAUUUCUUGGCAUAACUGGGUAAGCAAGCAAAGUAUUCAAUUCAAUUCAAUUUUAUUUGUAUAGCGCCAAUUCAUAACAGAAGUUAUCUCAGGACACUCAUACAUGAAAGCAAACAUAAAAUCUGUUCUAUUUUUUCCCAAUUGGUGUGGAAUCUCCUGGGACAACAAGUUUAGACCAUGUCUACAAGGCACUAGCGGUAGCCCAUGUGUUUAAAAAAAAAGCAUGAGCAAAGUCUGCUCAACAACUGACACAACAGCAACAAAGACUUAAAUCUAAUAAAACAGUUUUCUGGUGAUAUGACUUCAUAGUAUUGUACAAGGUAUUUUACGCCAAGCUUUGUUUUUGGGCAGUGAGUGAAGACAUUUUGUUUUAACAGAGAAAACAUUACUCUUUGUAUGCACAAUUAAACUAAUACUGAUUACAUUCAUUAGGAACAA